AUGGCUGUGCGCGGUAUUAUCGGCGCCUUCUCGACGAACGCCAGGCCAGAUCUUUUCCCCGACGAUGCCCUGAUGUCCUGGUACGAUAAUAUCCACAUACCUGAUGUCAUAGCUACGAGUGGAAUGAAAACUGCUCUCCGGUACGAGGCUUUAGACCCUAAUGCUAAGUAUUCCUGGCUGGUGGUAUAUCCCGUGAAGGAUAUCAAUUUUGCGGGAACGGAAGAAUUUGACAAUAUCCCCAAAGGGGGACAUGAGGAGAUAGAUGCACAUCAGUUCACGGAUUUGGCUCAGCUGGAUCUUAGGAUUGGCGCGCGUAUUCAGGUGUUCGAGCCUCCGAGCGCAACAAAAGGUCGAAGCUCGUACCUCCUAGCAGAGUCGAUUAAUAUACCGAGCGAAGAUGUGGCCCAGUUUGACAGGUGGUAUAACGCUGAAUUUCUGCCAGCGCUUACAAAAAUGUCAUCUUUCCGCCGCGCGACCCGUUACAAUGUGGUGCAAUCCUUAGUUCCUGGCGGACCGAAGCAUCUGGUUUUCUACGAGUUCGACACGGCCGAAAUUCCGAUGGACCAGAUCCAGAGAGGCAGGCAAAAUCCAAAGGCUCAAGAGGUUCUGAAGAGCGCGACAGUGGAGGAUGUUGGUUACAAACUGGUGAAAGAGGCCGGCGUACUAGAUGAAUCACUGUAG